GUAUGGGAAUCCUCAAGCAGGUCUUGACCCAGCUCUUGCUGUACUACACGCGGCUCCAGAAGGUGAUCCGCAAGGCAUUUCCGCAGCAGCCUCCGGCCUUUGCCAACGAGAUGGUUUCCAACACCACGAUCCUCAUGGAGGUUCGUCGGGACAACUUCACAUGA